UGUAAUCGAUCAGUGAAAUUGAUUUAUUUUCAUUUCUUCAUCUGCCACAUAAGUUACUUACAACUCAGUUUGUUUCAGAAUGGAAUUAAGGUUAGAAAAAUGAGACAUUCUGAUGGGUCAUGAAUGAGGUCAGCGCUGACUCUCUGCCAGACUGUGGAUGUGCUUGGCCUCCAGGGAGCACUGGCAAGGACACUGUGGCCCAGGAGAUGUGCAGCCCACUGGUUGGGAGCAUCCAGAGGGGGUAGAUGGGGACCCCAGGCUUCCCUGGGCUGUUCCUCACAGCACCUCUCCACAAGGGCAUCGUGGUCAAGCCAGAGCCCUGAAAGCAGACCUGGGAGGUAGCCCCGUGGAGGCCAGGGUGUGGCUCUGGAGAGCUGGGUGAACUUAGCACCAUCCUGGGUGCCUGCCAUCUUCUCUGAGAUUGUAGGACUAACUUGAAGCUUUCCAUUCCUCAUACAGGAGGAUGGGGUGAUGUGGAUGACCAGAAUCGACUGGUUCCAUGGGACAGUCAUCCUGGUUUUCUGUGUGAUGGAAUUCUGCACUCGGGGCAGCAAGGUCCAGAGGGUGUCUUGACUCCAGGGGUCUCCUGGGACUCAGGAGAGCAGCAUGGCUUCAGGCAGCCCCAGGCACAGGCCUCUACAAGAGUGAUCCCAAGGUCUGCCUUCAGGUCUCCCAGGGAAAGAAGCACGCUGAAGCCCCCAGAUGGACAGAGACUAGAAAAGCACACUGGAGCUCAGUGACCUGUUGGACCUUGGUGAGAGGCCUGACGUGAAGCUGGGGACGGAAGCACAGAACCACUUGAAGUGAUUCUGGUUGGCAGGUUUUCUGCUCGGGGAAACCUGUAAGCCCACAGAUCUAGACAGCCAGUGCCCCGGCACGUCACCAAAUACGAGUCCCGAAAGCCACAGACCAGCAGGUCACGUUCAAGAGCACGACGAGGAUGACAGUGUGGGCCAGCGUAGAGUGCUGGGGACACUGGCCAGAUUGACCAGAAAACAAGUGAAUCGUUUUUCCAACUGACCCACACCGAAAAGAUUUCCCACCAGCUGACCCAUGGAAAUGUCAAGGUGUUGAGGUGGAAGGGAAGUAGUACCAGGUGGAAGCAGCUCCUAGCCCAGGAAGGAAGAGCACCCAGAUGGUAGGUGGCAAGUACAGAGGGCUUUCCCUCUUUGCUUCAAACAGAAUCUCUUUAAAAUAAAACACCACUGACAUUUAAAAGUAAAAAUAGUGGGGUUUUUAACCAGGAGCUAUGAAAACAGGAACAGACAGGCUGCCCAGGGAGGGAGGGAGCACACAGUGCUGGAUCCCCACUCGAAUGAGAAGAGGUAGGUUACAAAUAGUUUAUUACUGAGAAGUAGGCUGCAGCAAGUCAGAGGUGACCAAGGUGAACCCUGUCACAAACCUCUUCAAAGUUUGCUCCAGAAGGAACAAAAUAAUUCAAAAGGAGGCAGGGAAAAGAACAAAGACCAGAGGGGAACUCAGCUCCUAAUGUGGGCAGGUGCUGGGGAUUGAACCCAGGGCCUUGUGCAUGCGAGGCCAGCAUCCUACCGGCUGAGCUACAUCCCUAGCUCCCUUUUAAGUGUUUUAUUAACUGUAAGAGCUAAGUGCUCCUACUAAAGAACGGACACUGGCCCUUGGAUGGAGAGCGUGGCCUGUCUCUGUGUAGUCCGUGGGAAGCCACUCCAAGUCCACGCACCUUUCAAUUCUGAAAGAUCACUGUGGUCUUGUGUGCAGUGCCAAGAUUAGAGACUCCGGCUUUUCCCUCCCUGGGACAACAAGGUGUGGCCCUAGGAGUAGGCGGCACCCAGAGGAGUUAAGCUGCGCUCACCUCUUCCUUUGCAAUCGUACCCCUGGCCUCACUUGAAUGGUUUCUCCCCAAUAAAAGGUUCAGCAUGUGCUCCCCUCUCUCUUUCCGUGGACUCCUAAGGUCAGAGGAGCUGUCACAGGUCCAGAGAAAAAGGUAUUUCUCUGUCUCUGUGAUUAUUUCAUUCAGCCCAGUUCACCUGGAAUGAACUUGAGUGUUUAGUCGUGGAACAUGACAGUUGUCCAAAAUAAAUUUUUAGAGACAGGUUAAAAGUAAACGUUUAAGCUGGUGCUGUGGUGCAUAUCUAAAAUCCCAACUGCUGCUUGGGAAGCUGAGGCAGGAGGAUUAAAAGAUUGAGGCCAGCCUCAGCAAUAUAGUGAGGCCCUGUCUCAAAAAAGAGUGAAUGUUUAGAAAACUAGAUAACAUAAACACAGUAAUCACUCUAGUGUCUUUCCUUACUACCACAAGAAUGGGAUCUAAAUUAGACGAACACUCCACGUGUGUACACUAUGUCAAAAUACGUUGUUCUACUGUCAUGUAUAUCUUAAAAGAACAAAUGAAAAAGACAGUAGUUAUAAACAGAAGCACUAUGUUAAUACCACAGUAGAAGUUAGGACAAGAAACAGGACCAGAAGUAGAGAGGGUCAAUAUAGGAAGGGCAUCACACCCCUAGACGUACCUGCACCUGACCUCUUCAACAUACACGAAGCAAGCGCUCAGGCCAGACAGGGAACUAGACUGACGGGUCCUGGGAGACCUCAGCACCUGUCUCAGCAACUGAUGGACUCAGGUUCAGAGGACAGACCUGAACAUCAUCACCAGUGCUGUGCAUGCUGGAGACACACUCCAGUGCUCCUGGACCGUUCACCUAGGCAGGACAUCAGCCAGGUCUUGAGUCUCACAGAACUAAAAAGGGCUGGAACUCUACAGAGUGUGCUGAGCAUAAUGGAAUUAAGCAAGGACUCAAUGGCAGAAGAUUCAGAAAGUCUCAAAUAUUUGGAAAUCAAAUAACACACUUGAAUGAUCUAUGGUGAAAGGCGAGACUCACAACUGUGGCAGCAGUGGAAGGACUGGGAGCCCAGGGGUGGGCCCCGCAGGCAGAGCAGACUGCUCUUUAGCAAAGGGCUGGGGCUGCCCAUCCAAUGGAGAGAGGAGUCUUGAGCAGAAAGUGAAUCUAGACGUAAACCAUGAACCCUUCACAAAAAUUAAGUGUAUCUCAGACCUAAAUGUGAAGACUGUAAAACUCCUAGAAGAUGACGGAACCUAGAUGACCCUGGGUUUGUCAAUGACAUAUCAUCCACAAAGAAAACAAUGGAUUGGCUGGAGCUCAUUGAAAUGAAGAGCUGGGCAUGGUGGUGCACUCCUAUAAUCCCAACAGCUCGGGAGGCUGAGGCAGGAGGAUCACAAGUUCAAGUCCACCCAGGGCAAUUUAGCAAGGCCCUACGCAACUCAGUGAGACCCUGUCUCUAAAAAAAGGGCUGGGGAUGUGGUUCAGUGGCUAAGCACCCCUGGGUUCAAUCCCCAGUACCAAAAAUAAAUAAAGUGAGGUAGCCAAAACGAACAGUAAGAAAGAUUAAGCCAGGACCCACACUCCCAACCAGGAAGCCUAGGCCAGCGGGAGCAAAGGAAGAGCAGAGGUCCCAUGCAGUAGGCAGCAGGUCUGGUGACAGGUCCAUGGAGCCAGAAGCUGGCACUUGAGCAGAUUCUCAAGUCUGAUUGGGCAGGACAGGAAAUGGCCUGCUGCCAGGAAUGGUGGAAAGGCUACCUUGAGCACAGAGGCUGGGCCUUGUCCUUUUGGCAGUGCCCUGGCCAUCUGUGCACCCUGCUUGCCUUCUGAGUCCACAGCUCCCCUCGCACGGCUGUGGGUCUUCGUGAAGAGGCCCCAGAGCUGCUUCCCCACAGUCCUCUCUGUCUCCCUACCUGCUUAUCUGCCUGUCCUUGAGGGUGACUCAGAUGGACAGCAAGAGCAAGUUCUUUGAGAAAGUCAUCAAAAUGGACCCAAGAAGAAAAGGCAGCUAAGUGACCUCAUAUCAAAGAAAUGGAACUAGAAAUCUAAAGCUUCCGGGAGAAAUCGAGGCCUAGAUGCCUUCUCUGGUAAAUUCUAUCAGUUAAGAAAGGAAUCAUCUGACAUAUCCCAAAUAGUGUCCUCAUUCUAUAAGGCGAUGUUAUCAACCAGGCCAGGACGGGAGGAGAAAAAGACCCUAUCAAUUCCCUCUUAAGCACAAACAGUAACAAGCUGAGUCCAGUGGCAUCUGGAAAGGGCAGUGGGUCCUGGCCAGCAUGUUGGUGGACGGUCAGGCCGGUGACCCCAGCUACCAGCCUGCUGCUCCUGGGCUGGGUGCGGAGGCUGCAGCUGUGGAGCGGGAAGGCGUGGGUGUGGACCCCACAAGGCCAGAUGCCCUUGGUGCCUUCCAGCCAGAAACAGCCCUGUCCAGUGCUUCCCUGGCAAGUGGAGAGGCAGUGCAGGGCAGGUUUCCAGGUGGUCACCGACUGAGGUCGGAGCCUGUCCUGGGGGACCCAGUCAGUGUACCCCAGCUCUCCCUGACUGGCCCAGAGGGCCUUGUCCCCUGUCACGGAGUCUUCAGUUAGUGACAGUUCGGUGAAUCACGUUGUUGUCCCCCGUUGGCCCCCACUGCCUGCCCUUCCUCAAGUGGGAUCCCAAGGGCCAGCCCCAGUGGACGUCUGCAUGCCAGGCACCACCUGUCUGGGGCCCCGAUGGUGGUGGCACUGUCUCUUUAAGGGAGCGACAUCACAAGGCUGUGGAAGGCGGCUGCCCUGGAACUCCAGGGUCUUGGUUGGCUUCUGUAGGUCUGGGAGCUCUGGACUUCCAUCUCCAUGGGGCCGCAGGCCUACACGUGAGCACGGAGGACGCGCCAUGGCUGAGGGCAGCGAGCUGAUGAACAGGCUCAUGAGCGAGAACGCGGACCUGAAGAAGCAGGUGCGCCUGAUGAAGGAGAACCAGAUGCUGAAGCGGCUGCUCAGCGAGAGCUGCCAGGAGAGCUGCAGCCGCGGGGGCCGCGAGCCCCGCGAGCCCCUCUUCCCCCGGGGCCCCGCCUACCCUGAGGCCUGCUCCCCGGGGUGUGCAGGUUCAGACUUCGGGAGGUUCGGCAGUGUCCCCGACACACCGUCCCAGAUGCAGACGUCCUCCCUGGAGGACCUGCUGUGCUCGCACGCCCCCCUCUCCAGCGAGGACGAAGCCUCCCCGGGCUGUGCCACCUCCUCCCAGGUGACCUUCAAGGCCUUCAUUGGCGCACCAGAGCUGCACGCCCGGGGCCCCGACAGGAAGCUGUCUCCGCUCCUGAGCCCCCUGCAGGACCCACUGGUGGACAAGACGCUGCUCGAGCCCAGGGAGAUGGCGCGACCCAAGAAGGUGUGCUUCUCGGAGAGCAGCCUGCCCACUGGGGACAGGACCAGGCGGAGCUACUACCUCAACGAGAUCCAGAGCUUUGCGGGUGCUGAGAAGGAUGGCCGCAUCGUGGGAGAGAUUGCCUUCCAGCUGGACCGGCGCAUCCUGGCCUAUGUGUUCCCUGGUGUGACGCGGCUCUAUGGCUUCACUGUGUCCAACAUCCCCGAGAAGAUAAAGCAGACCUCCAUCAAGUCCCUGGACGGCUCGGUGGAUGAGAAGAAGCUGCGGGAGCUGACGCACCGCUACCUGACGCUGACCGCCCGGCUGGAGAAGCUGGGCUAUAGCCGUGAGGUGCACCCGGUCUUCAGUGAGUUCCUCAUUAACACCUACGGCAUCCUGAAGCAGCGGCCGGACCUGCGCGCCAACCCGCUGCACAGCAGUCCAGCCGCGCUGCGAAAGCUGGUCAUUGACAUCGUGCCGCCCAAGUUCCUGGGCGAUUCGCUCCUGCUGCUGAACUGCCUGUGCGAGCUCUCCAAGGAGGACAGCAAGCCGCUCUUCGCCUGGUGAGCCGCAACGCCUGUCCCUCCUGCAAUAAAUAUGUUUGUUCCAAACCCGGGGGCCGCCGUGCUCCUGCGUGUCCCUCCCGCAGGGGAAGCGGUCUGCUGGUGCUGCAGCGGGCAAAGGCCUUCCGUGGCCAGCCGCUCUUCCUGGGGGCCCAGCAGCCCUCCGCCGCCCGCAGUCAAGGGCACCUGUCGCCUUAUUAAAAGCAUGUUUACCUUUC